UAGCGCGCCCCUAUGGACCGUCAGCUGGCGGAGGUUCGCGUCUUGGAAGCCGAGGUUGCGGCCCUGAUGUUGGCUUACGAGGAGAUGCUGGCGCCCGUGGAAGACACCGCCCGAGUCCAAAAAUCAUGUCAAGAAAUACACCAAUCCAAUUCUGAAGAAUGGAAAUCUUCAGAAGAUCUGAGGAGCAAUCUGGGACAUUUAGAAUCAGAACUUCUCUUUCUAAGCAUGCUUACUGACAUCAAUAUAAGCAAUUACUCCAAGAAGACAGAGAACCUAACAAGCACUGAGAUGACAGAAAAGAGUAUAAAGAAAGUUAUACAGAGACACAAAUUAUCAGGAAACUGCCACAUGAUUACAUUUCAAGUUGAAUUUCAGAUUCUGGAAGUCCAGAAUAAGGAGAAUUUAUCUUCUGUUAUUACUGACCUCAACAUAAUAAUGGAGCCCAACGCAUAUUCAGAACUAAGUGAAUUCGUGUCUAGAGCAGAAGAAAGAAGAGAUCUGUUUAUGUUUUUCCGAAGUCUACACUUUUUUGUGGAGUGGUGUGAAUAUCGUAAGCGCACAUUUGAACAUUUCAAGGAAAAGUACCCAGAGUCUGUGCACCUCUUGGAGGGGGCUUCCUCCAGCUACAUGGGGAUCCAGAGCACCAGCCAGCCAGGCUUUGAAUUAGUCAUCAUUUGGAGGAUACAAAUAGAUGAAGAAGGGAAGGUUUUGCCGAAGCUGGAUCUUCUCACUAAAGUGCCACAGCAAGCCCUGGAGUUGGACCAGAAGGGAGUAAUAGAAACUGCUCCUCUCAGCUUCCGAACCCUGCUGGGCGCACUAGGCAUUGAAGUGGCUUUAGAAAGCCUAAUAAGAACACUCUGCACAGAGGAAAACCACUAGUUCGCAAACAGUAACACCUAGG